UACCAGCGUUCUCUGCUUGCAAUCGACUACUACAGCACUACAGCUCUACUACUCAAGAAAUAGAGAUUGGAGGACCAACAGAACUCUUUUCAACUUCGUAAUUAAUUAUUGCCUCGUUUUUGCAGCUCACUAGCCAGCUAGCUUACCGUACAUACCUUAUCCAGGUAAUACUGCCACUGGAUGGAGUACCGUAGCUACGUGUAGGGAGAGUACCGGUAUACCGCCCACACUCCAGCUGUACUGUGAAGCAUUGCUUCAAUGGCGAAACUCAACUUGAAAGAAUGAUGGCAACGCAGACAGCCAAUCAAAAAUAAAAGCAGGUUGAAUACUUCCAGCUAUUCUAAAUAAAGGUCAAUGACGUACUCGGGCUGUUUUCCCACGCAUGCUUCUCGAAUUGCUUCCCCUGACCUUGGAGCACCUAAUGAAUACUUCUCGUACCUCUUCGGAUAACGCAGUGUAUGGUUUAUGCAAGUGUAUGGGAGGCAAGAAAUAUUCUGGUUGAAAAAGUACUAGAUUUUAUAGAAUGAAGAGGCUAGAUUCAACGUUGUAUUUCCUGCAUAUCAAUGGACAAAGGCAACAGAUCACCUACCGCAAUCGAAAAGUAAACAAGACUUAGUAAACUCCAUGGCCACAGCAACUCCACGACCUCCUAAGCCGUGCUUUGUUGGAUUUCUGUCGCAGCUUCUUCUUCCAUGCCGCUUGCAAGCUCAACUUGCAUACAAAUCCUGAGUGUGGCGCUGUGCGGAACAACGGAGAUGGCUGACGCUGUCCAACCGUUGCAGAAAGUCUCCGAGUGGUGCAAAAACCGUUUCAUUUUGACACCAUUGUUCCCUACUGUUCCACACAGUGAUCCAAAAACUCAGGAAGCAGAAGUUGAUGUCACGCUCUGCGCACAUCGAGAAUGGGGUAAAACAUGAUUGAAACAACGGAUUACCCAACCCUUUAGGAUUGACGUCAUUUGAGAAGCUUCUGACGCUGUCGCAUGACGUAAACGAGAAGCUAUGACGACAAGGAUUAGAGAACAAUUCUUGUAAAGGGGGAGGGGUACCGGCACGAAGUAAAGAAUGUGGCCACGUGCCAAAUGCCGAAUCAAUUCGACUCAAAUAAAUCGCGUGAUUAGACUAAUCAUUCGAUUCGAUUCGAUUCGAUUCAUCAGAUUCCUCAGUCUUUCAGGAUCCAGUUUCAGUCCCUAAAUAUUCAAGACUCAAGACUCCAAACAACAACAGCAAAUCCACGCCACCAUGACCAAGGAGCGGCGACGAGCAUUUUCGUUUUGUGUGAAGUAUAAGGAUUACCAUGGACGGAGACGAAGACGCACGCCAUCGGCGAGAAGAAGCUGAACGUCGUGCAAAGCGAAAGGCUGCCAAAGCAGGGUCUCGGUCUGAUGCCCAGCGAGCUAAACGAAAGGAGCAUGCAGCGCGCGUUCUUGCCAGGCACCAAAAAGGUGGUCCAUCUCCUCCUUCCAAACGACACAAGGGUGACAAAGGCAAACCACCGCCUCCACCAUUGCCUCCUGGAGGCACCCCGUCUCAUUUUCAGAAUUUAUUCACACAACGCGCCCAAGGGUUUCAGAUUGACUUUCGCUUUCGAAAUGCUCCUCCCAGGCCACCAGUGGGUCCGUCCUUUGUGGGUCACUCCCUAGAUGGAGUGUUGGUGGAAAGAAGUCGUCAGUACAAAGCGUUGAAUGCCGUAGAAGUCAAUUACCAAUGGAAACUGCACAGUGAACCUGAUCUGGGUGUACCGUUGGCUCCAUCUGCCAUGGAUGUGAAAUCCUACAAAGCACCAGCGAAACAUGACCAAGGUGAAGAAAGCAAACCCAAACCAAAAUUACAUCCAGACGACGAAGCCCUCUUGGAGUGGAAGGGACCCUUGGGAGAUACAGCUGCUGAAAAUCUCAAGAAGAGACAAGAUCAAAUGCGUGCUGCUGCUCGAUUGGCCCUUUCAGAAGGAAAGGGUCGUAUCCCCAAUAUUUUGUUGCCAGCCAAUGUGGACAGACUCACCAGCCCUGCGGCAGCUGCUGCAUCAGUGUCCUCCAAGAAGGCAUUCUCUCGUGUGCUGGAUGAAGGUAUGCAGACUUGGAUGAAAAAGACAACCUACCUCAGUAAUGACUACAGUCGAAAGGUACACGACUUCAAGUCUUUGGCAACUACCAAGCAGCAGUUGGAAAAGGAUCUAGAAACCAAACAACAACAGAUGAAUAUGAAACGUUUAGCCCCAGCCAUCAAGAAUACUUUCACCGCAGCAACGAUGCCUCCAACCCAUCCAACCAAGAAGAACAUGAAACCCAAAGCGAUCAUGUCAAUCUUGCCCAACGUAGACCAUUGGGGAUUUUCCUAUACCCAUGUUGUCAUUGACAAGGCACCCAAGAUUGAUAUGGUCAAAUCGGAUCUUGCAAAGGCUUUCGUUGCCAACGUACAACAGACAGAUAGCAAAAUGACAUGUCAACUCUGGUGUCCACCUCCACCCAAGGGUGAUUCCGAUUCUGAGGAUGAGGAUGACGAAAAAUUGGAAGAUGAAAAGGAUAAGGAUCCACCAGGCACAGUCCGAUAUCACCCUAUCCAGGAAUAUGACUUGGAUGUGGUGCCACUCAAGGACGGUGAUCAACCCCACGUGAACUUUUGCCUGUGGGUUGACCCGAAGAACAAGGUGGCCACCUAUCUUCCUCUCAGUUCCCGUGUGCAGCUGUCUACUGGCCGGCCUGUUAAGGGUCGUACAUUGCGACGUGUGUCCCGUCGCCCCAAGGGAGAAGCCGACAUGGAGGAAAUCAAUGAUCGAAGUGCGGAAGUUGACUAUGAUGUGGCACAGAAGAUUGGUCGACCAGCACCCACUAAACCGGCCCCCGUUGCAAAUUCCAAUUCCAAGGAUGAUGGAGACGAUGGUGAAGAUUUUGGCGAUGACAGUGAUGACAGUGAUGAUGAUGCCAACAAGAAAACCACACCGGCAGCGGCAGCCAACAAUGAUGAUGACGAUGAUUCAGAUGAUGAAGAAGAAACAUUUGGGGGUUUGAAAACAAUUGUGGCCGAGAACUAAACGUUGUUAAAGCAUGUUGUAGCAUUCUAAUGUUCUACUUA